AUGAAAUCAUCAGACAAUCAGGGCCGGCUUCUUAUGCAGGUGCUAGAUGAUUUAGCUAAAGAUUCCCCUACUUCAUUAUAUUGCAUUCAUCCAUCCUCUCAAGUCAGUGAGAAUGAUUGGUGUCGUAUCUCCGUUUACCAAUUUUCUCAAGCUGUUGACCGAUUGGCUUGGUGGAUCGACCGGAAACUGGGCGAGCAAAAAGAGCAACAAGUCCUGGCCUACAUUGGUGCCAAUGAUUUGAGAUAUGGAGCAUUCAUGCUAGCGUGUAUGAAAGUGGGACAUGCCGCUCUGCUCCUUUCGACUCGAAACUCUCAAGAAGCCCAGCGACAUCUUCUACAGUCUACUAGGUGUUGCAUCCUCGUAGACGGAAGCGAAAAGGCACAGUUGAAACACCUACUCGAUGACCUUGAGUCCAACUAUGCUGAUGUCCCACUUGACCGAUGGAAAAUUGACUCAAUGUGGGAUGUCUUCUCAUCAGAAUCAGUUCUGCCGUACCCCUACAGUCUGCAAUUUUCCAAUGUUGAGGACCUUCCUGCUCUCAUCAUCCAUAGUUCUGGCACUACUGGAAAUCCUAAGCCUAUCACAGUAACCCAUGGAUACUUGGCUACUCUAGAUAACAUGAGGUCCCUUCAUGUGCCUCCAGGACGCCAAUCCAGUCAGAUGUGCCUACUCCAACAGGGAAACCUACGCUUUUUCUCCAAUCCACUUUUUCAUUUCAUGGGAAUUGUUUGUAUUUCCGAGAGCCUGUUCUUUCAAACGCCUUUCUUGCUUGCACCCGAUCGUCCAUUAACCACGAAAUUAUUUGCUCGGAUCAUGGACAUGGAUUAUAGUCCCACCUGGGGACUCUUCAGUCCAUAUAACCUUGAGGAGCUUGCGGCAUCCGAGGAAGGGCUUCAAGCACUUAGGAAGCUUUCUGCCGUCAAUUAUGGCGGGGCCCCUAUGGCACAGGCUACAGGGAAGAAGUUAUCGUCAAUUCUUCAGUUGCAAACCAUAAUUGGAAGCAGUGAAACUUCUUAUACACCUGGACUGCUCUGCAGGGAUCCCUCGGACUGGUGCUAUCACGAGUGGAACCCAGCAUUCCAGCUACGCAUGGAAGAUGUGGGGGAAGGUCUAUGGGAGCUGGUCUUGCCAAGGCCGAAGCUACGAAGCUUUCAUGGUAUCUUUCACACGUAUCCACAUCUGGAAGAAUAUCGAACUGGUGAUCUCUUCCGUCCUCAUCCCUCUAAGCCUGGACUCUGGCGGUAUGAUGGCCGGGGAGACGAUAUCAUUGUCUUGAGUAAUGGGGAGAAAUUCAACCCCAUUGAGGCAGAGAAGGUGAUUGAGUCUCACUCUUUUGUUAAACACGCCGCUAUAUUUGGUCGGGAUCGAUUUCAAGCGGCGUUGCUGGUAGAGCCAGUCUGGGAAGAAUUGCCUUCUUCUUGGACACCUAACGAUCUGAAGCGGACGCUCUGGCCUUUGGUCGAACAAGGAAAUGGACUUUUACCAGCCCACGGGAAAGUCUUUGAAAGUCACAUUGCUUUCAGCUCUCAAAAUAAACCUUUUGCGUUGUCACCUAAAGGAACACUCCGGCGCCGCGAGAUUGCCAACACAUACGAGAUAAUCUUAAGCGAGCUUUACACAUCCAAGAAGAUCGAGGUGCAAACUUCUAGGCAUGUCGAAGAGGCUCCAGGAACUAAACUCCCGGAGAUUCAGCAAUGGAUUCAAUAUCAAGUGGCGCACGUCCUCGCUCAGGACACCAUCAGCCCAGAGAGCGAUCUAGCCGCUCUGGGGAUGGAUUCGCUUCAGGUCGUCCGCCUUGGCCAAAUCUUGCAACAUGCUGAAGAUAAAUUGCAUUUGCGUCCAGAAAGGGACGAUUGGACCAGUGCCAUGAUUUACGAUCUGGAAAGUAUCCCACUACUAGCCCAGGCUCUAUACAAGCGCAUCCAUGGGUCCCCCCUUGUAAGAGAUUCAAAUCCAGCACAUGUCUGGACACGGGAGGAUAAUUUGAUAAAAUCAAUCUGGCAGCAAGCACAGUUCCUUGGUUCUGGUGGAUUGACAGUAGUCUUGACUGGUUCAACUGGCGAGCUGGGUAGCUACAUCCUCAACAUGCUAUUGCAGGAUCCAUCAAUCACAAACAUAUAUUGUCUAAAUCGAUCUGCCGAUGCAGCAGAGCGACAAGUCGCGAGCUUCGAGAAGAAGAAUCUGUCUUCUACCUGGUUAACAGAGACGUCUCGGGUGCAGUUCUGGCUGAGCAGCCUAGGGGACGAAUACUUGGGUCUGACACCAGAAAAGUACAGUUUUCUGGAGAAUAGCGUGGAUAUCGUUAUACACAAUGCCUGGCUUGUCAACUUUAACCAGCCAAUUGCCAACUUUGAGACUCAGAUCGUUGGAGUCCGACGACUAUUGAAACUGAUUGAACACUCCUCUAACAAUGCAGAUUUCCAUUUUGUCUCUUCUAUCUCAGCCGUCAUGGGCCAGCCUAUGGCUCCUGGCUCAACUAUUCCAGAGGCCCUGUCGGGAAUACAAGGCCCACUUCAGCAGGGGUAUGGAGAGUCAAAGUUUGUUGGCGAAAGUCUCUGCCAAAUAGCAUCUGGUCGUAGCGGGUUGCGCAUUGCAAUCCAUCGCGUCGGUCAGCUUGGUGGGCCAUCUAACCCCGACGCGGGCAUGUGGAACACCCGUGAUUGGCUUCCAUCUCUGGUGCGGUCGUCGCAAACCAUGACAAAGCUGCCUGAUAGCUUGGGGCCAUUUCAAGUGGACUGGCUUCCGAUCGAUUCUGCUGCUCGCAUAAUGACGGAGAUUGUCCGGAAACACCGUGACCGAACUGAUCCCGAAUUCAAAGUCUACCAUAUCACAAACCCGAGGAUAACAGAGUGGAAAUCACUUAGCGGACUAGUGGCCGGAGCAUGCGAUGCUAAUAUCGUUUCCCUCGACGAAUGGGUUCAAACCCUGGAGCUCUUGGUUACAAGUGGAGAUGCCGAUCUCCGUAAGCUUCCUGCUGCAGGACUAUUGGAUUUCUUCCGAAUGCUCGUCAAUCAGCAAAGUUAUACAAUGCCAGCCAUGGAAGUCGCAAAUACCCAAGAGGCCUCGCUAACUUCGCGCGAAAUUGGCCCAGUUGAUAAGGAGAUUAUGACGGUGUGGUUACGACAGUGGAAGGAAUUGAUGCCAGAAUUGGUGAUUUGA